AUCCCUAGUCAUCCCUAGUCAUCUUUAGUAAUCCCUAGUCAUCCCUAGUCAUCCCAGUCAUCCCUAAUCAUCCUUAGUCAUCCCAAACAUCUGUAGUCAUACCAGUCAUCCCUUGUCAUCCCAGUCAUCCCAGUCAUCCCUAGUCAUCCCUAGUCAUCCUUAGUCAUCCUUAGCCAUCGCUAGUCAUCCCUAGUCAUCCCAGUCGUCCCUAGUCAUCCCUAGUCAUCUUUAGUCAUCCCAGUCAUCCCUAGUCAUUCUUAGUCAUCCCUAGUCAUCCUUAGUCAUCCCUAGUCAUCCGUAGUCAUCCGAGUCGUCCCUAGUCAUCCUUAGUCAUCCUUAGUCAUCCCUAGUUAUCCCUAGUCACCCCAGUCAUCCCUAGUCAUCCCAGUCAUCCCUAGUCAUCCUUAGUCAUCCCAGAAAUCCCUAGUCAUCCCAGUCAUCCCUAGUCAUCCCAGUCAUCCCAGUCAUCCCUAGUCAUCCCUAGUCAUCCUUUGUCAUCCGUAGUCAUCCGUAGUCAUCCCUAGUCAUCCCAGUCAUCCCUAGUCAUCCCUAGUCAUCCAUUGUCAUCCCAGUCAUCCCUGGUCAUCGCAGUCAUCCCUAGUCAUUCUUAGUCAUCCCUAGUCAUCGUUAGUCAUCCUAGUCAUCGCUAGCCAUCUUAGUCAACCCUAGUCAUUCUUAGUCAUCCCUGGUCAUCCCUAGUAAUCCCUAGUCAUUCUUAGUAAUCCCUAGUCAUCCCUAGUUAUCCCAGUCAUCCCUAAUUAUCUUUAGACAUCCCAGACAUCUCUCGUCAUACCAGUCAUCCCUAGUCAUCCCAGUCAUCCUUAGUCAUCCCUAGUCAUCCCUAGUCAUCCUUAGUCAUCCCUAGUCAUCUCUAGUCAUCCCAGUCGUCCCUAGUCAUCCCUAGUCAUCCUUAGUCAUCCCAGUCAUCCUUAGUCAUCCUUAGUCAUCCCAGUCAUCCUUAGUCAUCCCUAGUCAUCCUUAGUCACCUCUAGUCAUUUCAGUCAUCCGUAGUCAUUCUUAGUCAUCCCGUGUUAUCCUUGGUCAUCCCAGUCAUCCCUAGGCAUCCCAGUCAUCCCUAGUCAUUCUUAGUCAUCCCUAGUCAUCCUUAGUCGUCCCAGUCAUCACUAGUCAUCCCAGUCAUCCCUAGUCAUUCUUAGCUAUCCCUGGUCAUCUCUAGUUAUGCCAGUGAUCCCUAGUUAUCCCAGUCGUCCCUAGUCAUCCCUAGUCAUCCCUAGUGAUCCCUAGUCAUCCUUAGUCAUUCCUAGUCAUCCCUAGUCAUCCCAGUCAUCCCAAGUCAUUCCUAGUCAUCCCUAGUCAUCGUUAGUCAUCCCUAGUGAUCCCUAGUGAUCCCAGUCGUCCCUAGUCAUCCCUAGUCAUCCUUAGUCAUCCCAGUCAUUCCUAGGCAUCCCAGUCAUCCCUAGUCAUUCUUAGUCAUCCCUAGUCACCCUUAGUCAUCCCUAGUCAUCCCUAGUCAUCCCAGUCGUCCCUAGUCAUUCCUAGUCAUCCUUAGUCAUCCCAGUCUUCCCUAGUCAUCCCUAGUCACCCCAGUCAUCCGUAGUCAUCCCUGUCAUCCCUAGUCAUCCUAGUGAUCCCUUGUCAUCCCAGUCAUCCCUAGUCAUCCCAGUCAUCACUAGUCAUUUUUAGUCAUCCCUAGUCAUCCUUAGUCAUCCCAGUUAUCCCUAGUUAUCUCAGUCAUUCCAGUCAUCCCAAGUCAUUCCUAGUCAUCCCUAGUCAUCCCAGUCAUCCUUAGUCAUCUUAGUCAUCACUAGUCAUCCCAGUCAUCCCUAGUCAUUUCUGUCAUCACUAGGCAUCCUAGUCAUUCCAGUCAUCCCUCGUCAUCCCUAGUCAUCCCUAGUCAUCCCAGUCAUCCCUAGUCAUCCCCAGUCAUCUUUAGUCAUGCCAGUCGUUCUUAGUCAUUGCCAUCACCCUUAGUCAUCCCUAGUUAUCCCUAGUCACUCCUAGUUAUGCCUAGUCAUCCCUAGUGAUUUCUAUUCAUCCCAGUCAUCCCUAGUCAUCAAAGGUAUCCCUAGUCAUCCCAGUCAUCCCAGUCAUGCCUAGUCAUCCCAGUCAUCCUUAGUCAUCCUUAGGCAUCCAUAGUCAUCCCUAGUCAUCCCAGUCAUCUCUUGUCAUCCUAGUCAUCUGUAGUCAUCUCAGUCAUCCCUAGUCCUCCCAUUCAUCCCUAGUUAUCUCAGUCAUCUUUAGUCAUUUUUAGUUAUCCCUAGUCAUCCCUAGUCAUCCCAGUCAUCCCUAGUCAUCCCAGUCAUCCCAGUCAUGCCUAGUCAUCUCUAGUCAUCGCUAGUCACCCCUAGUCAUUCCAGUCAUCCUUAGUCAUCCUUAGUCAUCCCUAGUCAUCCUUAGUCGCCCCUUUUUAUCUCUAGUCAUCCCAGUCAUCCCUUUUCAUCCCAGUCAUCCCUAGUCAUCCCUAGUCAUCCCAGUCAUCUCUAGUCAUUCCUAGUCAUCGCCAUCACCCUUAGUCAUCCCUAGUUAUCCCUAGUCACUCCUAGUCACGCCUAGUCAUUGCUAGUGAUUUCUAUUCAUCCCAGUCAUCCCUAGUGAUCCAAGUCAUCCCUAGUCAUCCAGGUCUUCCCUUGUUAUCCCAGUCAUCCCUAGUCAUCCCAGUCGUGCCUAGUCAUCCCAGUCAUCCCUUGUCAUCCUUAGGCAUCCAUAGUCAUCCCUAGUCAUCCCAGUCAUCUCUUUUCAUCCCAGUCAUCCCUAGUCAUCCCUAGUCAUCUCACUCAUCUCUAGUCAUCGCAGUCAUCCCUAGUCAUCUCAGUCAUCUCUAGUCAUUCUUAGUUAUCCCUAGUUAGCCCUAGUCAUCCCAGUCAUCCCUAGUCAUCCCUAGUCAUCCUUUGUCAUCCUUAGUCAUCCCUAGUGAUCCCUAGUCAUCCCUGUCAUCCAUAGUCAUUGUAGUCAUCCCAAUCAUCCUAGCCAUCCCUAGUCAUCCUUAGUCAUCCCUAGUCAUCCUUAGUUGCCCCUUGUUAUUUCUAGUCAUCCCAGUCAUCCAUUUUCAUCCCAGUCAUCCCAGUCAUCCCUAGUCUUCCUAGUCAUCCGUAUUCAUCCCAGUCGUCCCUAGUCAUCCCAGUCAUCCUUAGUCAUCCCUGGUCAUCCCUAGUCAUCCCUAGUCAUCCGUAGUUAUCCCGGUGAUCUUUAGUCAUCCCAGUAAUCCCUAGUCAUCUCUAGUCAUCCCUUGUCAUCCUAGUUAUCCCAGACAUGCCUAGUCAUUCUUAGUUAUCCCUAGUCCUCCGUAGUCAUGCCAGUCAUCCCUAGUCAUCCCAGCCAUCCCAGCCAUCCCAGUCAUCCCUAGUCAUCCAUAGUCAUCCAUAGUCAUCCCUAGUCAUUCCUAGUCAUCUGUAGUCAUCCCUAGUCUUCCCAGUAAUCCCUAGUCAUCCUUAUUCAUCCUUAGUCAUCCCAGUCAUCCCUGGUCAUCUUGGUCAUCCAAGUCAUCCCUGGUCAUACUUAGUCAUCCUUAGUCAUGCCAUAGACAUAGACAAAAUUUCAGAUUGGUGUAAGAUAAAUAAGAUGAGAAUUAAUACCAAGAAAUGUAAGAUCAUGCGAAUAACCAGGAAAAAGUCACCAUUAGUUGGGGAGUAUAAUAUUGAAGGUCAACCUUUGGAAAGUGUUGAUGUGUAUAAAGAUUUAGGAUUAUUUACUACUAGUAAUCUUUCAUGGAACUAACACGUAGAUAAAAUAAAUGCUAAGGCUAAUAGGGUUUAGGGUUGGUUAAGAGGACUUGUAGGGACUUAAAGUAUAUUGAUACCAUGAACACACUUUAUUGUAGUCUUGUGAGACCUUUAUUAGAAUAUUCAUGCGAAACUUGGAACCCUCAUACUAAGCGUAAAAUUGAUAAACUGGAGGCUGUUCAGCGAAGAGCUACGAGAUGGAUCACUAGGUCUAAUGAUGAUUAUGAUACAAGACUAUCUAAGCUAAAAUUGUUGUCAUUAUCUAAUAGGAGGUUCACUAGAGAUGUUACAUUUUUUUUAAUGUAAUUAGUGGACAUUAUGAUAUUGACAUUUCAAAUAAGGUCAUAUUUUGUAAGGACAGAAAUACAGGUUAUAACUUGAGGAAAAAUGACACACAGGACCUUGUUCCAAAUUUUAGUAGAACUGAUGGUUUUAAAUAUAGUUUUUUUAACCGUGUUGUAGAUGAAUGGAAUGGUUUACCCAAUCAUAUUAGAGACUCAAACAGUAUUGCAACUUUUAAAGGAAAUGUGUUAAGCUUUAUUAAGGAUAACUAGAACAUUUAUAUUUCUAUUUGUAUAUAUUUUUCUUAUAUGUUAAGUAGUGGGGGCAUCCUUAGUAUGGCGCAUUGGUGCUUUUGGUUGUCUCCUUCUCCACAACUUUUUUUUGUUGUUGUUGUUGUUUUUGUUUUUGUUUGUUAAAGUAGUGUUAGCUUAUUUCAUUUCAUUAUUUGCUUGUUAUGCAGUGGAGUGAAUCUGUAAUAAAAAAAAUAAAAAUAAAAAAUCCCUAGUCAUGCCUAGUCAUCCCCAGUCAUCCCAGUUUUCCCUAGUCAUCCCUAGUCAUCCCAGUCAUCCCUAGUCAUCCCUAGUCAUCCCUAGUCAUCCCUAGUCAUCCCUAGUCAACCUUAGUCAUCCCUAGUCAUCCCUGGUCAUCCCUAGUCAUCCCAGUCAUCCCUAGUCAUUCUUAGUCAUCCCUAGUCAUUCUUAGUCAUCCCUAGUCAUCCUUAGUCAUCCUAGUCAUCCCUAGUCAUCCCAGUCAUCCCAGUCAACCCUAGUCAACCUUAGUCAUCCCUAGUCAUCCCUGGUCAUCCCUAGUCAUCCCAGUCAUCCCAGUCAUCCCUAGUCAACCUUAGUCAUCCUAGUCAUCCCUAGUCAUCCCAGUCAUCCCAGUCAUCCCUAGUCAACCUUAGUCAUCCUAGUCAUCCCUAGUCAUCCCAGUCAUCCCAGUCAUCCCUAGUCAACCUUAGUCAUCCCUAGUCAUCCCUAGUCAUCUUAGUCAUCCCAGUCAUCCGUAGUCAUCUUAGUCAUCCCAGUCAUCCCUGGUCAUCCUUAGUCAUCCCUAGUCAUCCUUAGUCAUCCUAGUCAUCCCUAGUCAUCCCAGUCAUCCCAGUCAUCCCUAGUCAACCUUAGUCAUCCCUAGUCAACCUUAGUCAUCCUAGUCAUUCCUAGUCAUCCCAGUCAUCCCAGUCAUCCCUAGUCAACCUUAGUCAUCCCUAGUCAACCUUAGUCAUCCCUAGUCAUCCCUAGUCAUCCUUAGUCAUCCCUAGUCAUCCCUAGUCAUCCCAGUCAUCCCUGUCCAUAGUCAUCUUAGUCAUCCCAGUCAUCCCUAGUCAUCCCAGUGAUCCCAGUCAUCCCUAGUCAACCUUAGUCAUCCCUAGUCAACCUUAGUCAUCCCUAGUCAUCCCUAGUCAUCCCAGUCAUCCGUAGUCAUCUUAGUCAUCCCAGUCAUCCCUAGUCAUCCCCAGUCAUCCCAGUCUUCCCUAGUCAUCCCUAGUCAUCCCUAGUCAUCCUAGUCAUCCCUAGUCAUUUCAGUCAUCCCUAGUCAUCUUUAGUCAUCCCUAGUCAUCCUUAGUCAUCCCUAGUCAUCCUUAGUCAUCCCUAGUCAUUCCUAGUUAUCCUUAGUCAUCCCAGUCAUCCCUAGUCAUCCCUAGUCAUCCUUAAACAUUACUAGUCAUCCCUUGUCAUCCCUAGUCAUCCCAGUCAUCCCUAGUCAUCCCAGUUAUCCCUAGUUAUGGCAGUCAUCCCUAGUCAUCGGUAGUGAUCCCUAGUUAUCCUAGUUAUCCCUAGUCAUCCCUCAUCAUCCCAGUCAUCCCUUGUCAUCCCUAGUCACCCAAGUUAAUCUCGUCACUUUAGUCACCCUACAUACCCUAGUCACCCCUGUUAACCGUGUCACCCUUGUCACUGUAGUCACCCAAGUCACCCAAUUCACCUUUUUCACCCAAGUCAGCCAAGUCACUUAAGUUAUCCUAGUCACCCAAGUCACCUGAGUCACAUCUGUCACCUUUUGCCCUUUUUGGGGCUCUUCAGUGUGGCACAACAACCAGAGAAAGCUCUGAUGAAAAAUAUCUGCGCACUCUGAUUUCAAGCCCUGACCCAGAACUCUCAACACCCACAGUUUCACGCAUACCACGUGUCUUCUGGGGGGCAAGAGUCCAAGUGUCAAGUUGAUGUCUCGCAGGGAAAAUAAAGAAUUUGCCAAAACCAACCUCAAAAACAUGGACAGAACCAUGCAAGAAUUACAGCAUAUCGGAUCUAUAAAGAUCUACGGCCCAAGAAUUAUUUAAGUACAAACAUUAAGCACAAAAGAACUGCAAAGGACCGCAAACGAAUAUGCUGAAGAACGUAGGAUCUUUAAAGACCUGAUCAGCAAAAUACUGCAAUGCUAGUUACACAAGUCACCCUAGUCACCUAGUCACUUAAUUACCUUAAUUAUGCCAGUCACCCCCUUUUUCCAAUUACCUUAGUGACAGUUACUACUCUUGUGUUCUUUGUCACUCUUUUUACCACUGUCAAACAGGUAAUCAUAGUCACGCAAGUCACCCAGGGUUUAUUCUAGAAAUUGGCCAAUGAGCGUCAACUGGGCCCCCUUCUGUAAAUUUAGGGUGCCCUUUUUCAAGAGAAGAGGUUGAAGAAAGGCGACUUCUCAAAAGUUAUUUGAACUGAUUGGUACAGACUAUUCUGUGAGAAAACAAAUGCUUUUUGGAAUUAUCAUUUACAUAUUUGCAAGUAGUGAACAUUAGGAUAACAUGACUCCAAUGCUUUAACGUAAAUGAAAAGCUUCUUUGCUACAUCCAAAUCCAAAGAAACUGACUGCUUUUUGUGAGUUUUUAAAUUCUACAUGUUUCGCACUCCCUGGAUGCUUUGUAGCCAUUUUGGAAUAUUCUGGGUAACUGAAGGCUGGGCUCCAAUUACUGCAGAAUCCCGGAUGUUUGUCUGGGGAAAUAAUGACUCAAAGGAAGAAGAGAAAGGCAAUUGAGACAGUAAGAGGCCAUAAAAUUUCAAAAUAAUUUUGUGGAGUGACCGUCAAAUCAGUGUUGUUGCGAGUGAUGUUUUCGAAUACUUUAUUUCCAAAAAAUAGUACUUAUCCUUGGGUCUAUUUUUCUGCACCCCAUUAAACGUGGCAAACGUAAAUUUUAUGCAUCACUUUUUUACAAAUUGCGGAAAUCCAGCAAGGCUGCAGUCUAGAAUAAGCCCUGAGUCACACUGUGGUAAGCCAAGUCACCCUAGUCAAAAUAGUGAAUGAAAGAUUGAGUAAUUAUUAGGAUUAAUAUCACAUUUAUAUUUACUUAUUAAUGUGAAUUUAUUUUGACACCUUUUUGUUGUAACAUUUUCUAGGCAUUAUCUGCGACAGUCGCAACUAUUGUUGCUCAGCCAUUUGAGCAACUCGCUGAGGCUCUAGGCAAAAGUUUCCGUGCAUUGUUUAGAGAAGUCCCCCUUCAGUGGCAGCCAUUUGUGUUUAUAGCAGUCAUCAUUAUUAUUAUUAUUGCCAUGUUCACACUGAGCGGAUUACAAGUAAGGUUACCAUUUGUAACACUCACUACUGUGCCAGCUAUCCCUGGUAACUUCCAGGCCCAGUUACGACAGCUAGAAAAUCAGUUUAGAAAUGUGGAAGAAACUGUUGCGCAAAUUAACAAUGCUGUACACCAAAGAGAAGCAGUUGUCAAUGUUCCAUUGCAAGGUGACAUUCAUGACAAGCAAACUGAGAUCUUAAAUCUUUUGGAAACAAUCCUUGAAUACCAUCAGAAAAGUGCUCAGCUUGCAGUUCAAGGAGGCAGGAGCCAGCAGGAACAGAAGGUUUAUGGUCCUGUUGAGAAUGCAGAUGAAGAGGCUGCAGAUGAAAAGCCUCCGAAAAGGGCCAUCAUGGAGUCAAACAAGGAUAAAAUGCCUGUUCAGAAUUCAGAAUGGGAUACUAAGGUUGGUGUUGAGGACGUGGGCUCUUCUCAAGGGACAUGAGGCUAUUAGGCUCAAUGAGUUCAGACAUUUAUAUAAAUAAUAAAAAAACUGUGGUGAUAUUUCAGUGCUAAACACUUUCUAAGUUAGUAAUAGUGCAAUUAUUUAUGUGUAGAGAGAUUUUGAAAUACAGUCAAGUCUCUCUAAGACGGACACCUUUGGGACUGGCACUAAGUGUCCGUCUUAGAGAGGUGUCCAUCUUAUAGAGAGUCAAAUAAAGGGAGUAAAGAAAGGCAGGGACAAACUCUAAGUGUCCAUUUUACAGAGAUGUCCAUCUUGUAGAGGUGUCUGUCAAGAGAGAGUCUACUGUAGAGACAAUCCCCGCUGAAAAGGGGACUGUAGAAAGUGACAGUAGUGAGCUAUUAUGCAAGGAUGUUUUUGAGUGAUGCAUUCCAAUCAGUAGUGGACUUCAUGCAUUCUUGGGCAGUGGUUUGACAAAUUUGGUAGAAUCAAGGUGUGUUAAAAAGGAAAGGGCCUUACUUCUGGUUGACAUGCAUCACUUAAAAACACUUUUGCUUAAGCUCCCUAAUAUCAAUGGGGUGUUCGUAUAAAGUGGUUCAUGUUAAAUAAAUGUAAGUCCAAAAAACACCUUUUAUUGGAACAAAAAUUUUAAAUUGUAUGAAAGAAGAUCAUCACAGUUGUAGAAGCAACCUUUGCGGAUGCGAAAAGAAAGCCUGAAAAAAUUCAGGCUUGUGCAGAAUUUGAACCCUUGACCUCUGCAAUACUGGUGCAGCACUCUACUAAUUGCGCUAACAAGCCAACUGGCUGCAGGUCAUUGAAUUGGUUCGUUAUAAAGCCAUGAAAGGAUGAUGACAAAGUUAUGAAUAUAUGAAAAUCAUAUAUUAGAACUACAGGGUGAAGAAUUAUAUGAAAGAAGAUCAUCUUUCAUGUAAUUCUUCACCCUGCAGUUUUCAUCCAUGAUUUUCAUAUAUUCACAACUUCAAAAAUUUUAAAGAAAUAAAACAGGCCAUCAGCAUUUAUAGCAAGGUUAAACAUCUCUAACUUACACAAAGCCAUUGAUAAUUCCACAGACCACGUCCAUGAAAACACUCAAAAGUGGCUCUUAUAAACAUUGCUUUAUCACAAACAGUACUGAUCUGCAGAUCAACUCAUGCGGUGCUAAUUGGACAGACAUCUUAAAUCCAUCUUAACCAGUCAACUCUUUCUAAGACAGGCACCUUUGGGACGAGCACUAGAAUAAGAUGUCUGUCUUAGAGAGAUGUCCAUCUUAUAAACUGAGUCAAAUAAAAGGAAUAAAGAAAGGCAAACUCUAGGUGUCCGUUUUACAGAGGUCCUUUGAGAGGGAGUGGACUGUGUUGUCAUGAUGUCACCUGAAGGUGUAGUUUUACCAUUAGAAAAAGUAAGACAUAUUACAACACUCAGUUAGCAAAGAAGUGUCUACAUUUAGCACUUUCUAUUAGAAUCUUUUGAUUGGACAGGAAAAGUGUUUUCCGUAUAACCGGCAAGUAGGUGAAAGAUAGGGGUGUAAAGGCUUUCCGCACUGGGGAGAAAGGAAACUACCUGUCAGAGACUCUUGAAGGGUACAUAUUAAACAGGUAAAAAAGGUCCACAUCAGCCUAGGGCUGCCUCUUUCUUAACCUACUCAAAAAAAGUAUGCAUGUGUGUGUGUAGGUGUCGAUAACACGGCGUUUUUACAUUAAGUAAAAUAGUGUGAUUAAACUUGCAAGUUGCCUCUGUUUGAUUAUACAGUAUUUAAAAUUAAAAUUCUGAGCUCUUGAAAUAACUG